ACUCUGUAAGAAGUUAAGAGAUCACCAUGAAUGGUCAACUGGACUUGAGUGGAAAGCUUAUCAUUAAAGCUCAACUGGGGGAUGAUAUACGAAGAAUCCCCAUUCACAAUGAGGACAUCACCUAUGAUGAAUUAGUUCUGAUGAUGCAGAGAGUAUUCAGAGGGAAACUGCUCAGUAAUGAUGAAGUUACAAUCAAAUACAAAGAUGAAGAUGGAGAUCUUAUAACAAUUUUUGAUAGCUCAGAUCUUUCCUUUGCCAUUCAGUGCAGUAGGAUACUGAAGCUGACACUAUUUGUUAAUGGUCAGCCAAGGCCUCUAGAAUCCAAUCAGGUGAAAUACCUCCGCCGAGAACUGAUAGAACUUCGUAACAAAGUGAACCGUUUGUUGGAUUGUUUAGAGCCACCUGCUGAGCCGGGACUUUCUACCAGCCUCCCUGAGAAUGAUGUUGCAGAUGGGAGGGAAGACAAGCUAGCUACUACUGACUUAGCCGUCAAGCCGUCUACUCAAGUUAUAGCAGCAAGUAUGUCUGCUUUUGAUCCAUUAAAAAAUCAAGAUGAAAUCAACAAAAAUGUCAUGUCAGCAUUUGGGCUGACAGAUGAUCAGGUGUCGGGACCUCCCAGCGCCCCUAUAGAUGAGCGUGCGGGAACACCUGAUAGUAUUGCUUCUUCAUCCUCUGCACCUCAUCCACCUGGUGUUCAACCACAGCAGCCAUCAUAUGGAGGAGGUCAGCCGCAAACUGGUCAGAUGGAAGGCCAGAUAUAUCAACAGUAUCCACAACAGGCUGGAUAUCCUGCUCAGCAGCCACAAGCUCAACCUCAGCAACAGUAUGGUAUGCAGUAUCCAGCAGGCUACAGCCAACAGACUGCUCCUCAACAAGCGCAGCAGUUCCAGGGAUACAAUCAGCAACCAUCGCAGGCUCCAGCACCAGGCUUUCCCAGCCAGGCUCAGCAGCUUCCGGCUCAGCCUCAACAGUACCAGGCAACCUCCUAUCCUGCACAGAACUACACCACACAAGCUUCCCAAUCUGCCAGUUACAAUGUGCCCCCAGCUUCUCAGCCUGGAAUGGCUCCAAGCCAGCCAGGUGCUUAUCAACCAAGACCGGGCUUCACACCACCACCCGGAACUACCAUGACACCCCCUCCUAGUGGUCCUAAUCCUUAUGCACGCAACCGUCCUCCUUUUGGCCAGGCCUAUACCCAGCCCGGUCCUGGAUAUCGAUAAGGAAACUGUGCUGCUGAAAGGCCCCAGGUUAAUCCAAGCAGCUGUUGAGGUUGUUCCAUCCAUAUAGACUCCAAGAUUCUUUAAUUGGUACUAAAAUACAAAAACUAAUGAAAAGCAGAAUAUUCUUUGGCAUCACUAUUGCUGCUUAAUUUGCUGGGAUAAAAUGACCAAAUGAAUCUUGUUUCUUGCUUUAAAUUGUAUUGGCUUUCUUGUUUAAUAUUGGUCCCUUUGGAAACACUACCUAAAUGUUUGUAAAGUAAUGACAUUCUCGCUUGCCAUAUUGAACUGCUGGGUGAAAAUCUAGCUGACUUAUUUGGCUUGUUUUUACUAAUACAAUGAUGUACUAAAUUAGAUCCACUUGUUAAAAACUAGAUAUAAUGUAUAAAUUGUAACAUGCACAUUGAAAUUGAAUAAAACAUUCAAACCAUCA